UACGGCGGCUUUCGCAGUCGAGGCUCAGCCGACAACGACGACGACGCAAAGUGUGCGAGAUAUCACUUUAGUAUUAUAGUGCCGAGGAUAUAGUGAAUGACGAGCUGCUAUAUAUCCGCGUUCACACAUCCAUGUUACAAACGCCCGAUGUAAUAUUAACAUGAGCGCGUUGUGCCGUAAUCGUUGCCCACGUAUAGUUCGUUCCCCCAGUGACACAGAGCAGUGCAGCGUCUAAUCUCACUUUUUUAUCAGGUGAGUUGCCGCGAGUUGUCAGAAGAUAAAACAACAAAAACAACAACAACGACAACGACUGCAGCAGUUAAGCAGAAGCAGCGAAAUCAAGUUGAAAAGUGCGAAGUAGCAGUUGGGAGGAAGCCAUUGGCUAUAUUACACGCCUUAAAUCAGGGAACCCUCCGACGAGAGGGAUUAACGCUUCAACAUGCCUGAAGAAAGAAAACUAAGCGUCGGCCCAACAGAGGUUACGAAUGAAAAUGGUACCAGUUCUCCAAAAAAGAGUCCAAUGAACAAGGGUAAACUAGCUCUGGCCAAAAUCACUCUGUUGGAUGGCUCUAUCAAAGAUUUUAAUAUUGAGCGCAAAGCAUUGGGCCAUGAACUUUUGGAUCGAGUUUGUCAAAGUCUAAACUUGCUCGAAAAAGACUAUUUUGGCCUGAUUUACGAAGACAAAUACAAUACGAGGAAUUGGUUGGAUAUGGAAAGACGGAUCUCAAAGUUCCUAAAACAUGAGCCUUGGAAAUUUAAUUUCGAAGUCAAAUUCUAUCCGCCUGAUCCAGCCCAAUUACAAGAAGACAUAACGCGAUAUCAUUUAUGUCUGCAAAUUCGAAAUGACAUUAUUACUGGUCGUCUGCCAUGUUCAUUUGUCACACAUGCGCUUCUUGGAUCUUACCUCGUACAAUCAGAAAUCGGAGAUUACAAUGUUGAAGAACAUGGGACGAACUAUUUAAAUGAUUUCAAAUUUGCACCGAGUCAAACCCCCGAGCUCGUUAAAAAAGUCCAGGAUCUUCAUAAAACGCACAAAGGUCAAACGCCUGCAGAUGCUGAACUGCAUUACUUGGAGAAUGCCAAGAAACUAGCUAUGUACGGUGUAGAUCUUCAUCCGGCCAAAGACUCCGAGGGCGUCGACAUAACAUUAGGCGUUUGUUCGACGGGAAUAACUGUUUAUAGAGACAGGCUACGAAUCAACAGGUUCGCCUGGCCGAAAAUUCUCAAAGUCUCUUACAAAAGGCAUAAUUUUUACAUCAAAAUUCGACCAGGUGAAUUCGAACAGUGCGAAUCUACAAUUGGUUUCAAAUUAGCGAAUCAUAGAGCUGCCAAAAGACUAUGGAAAACGUGCGUGGAGCACCACACUUUUUUCAGACUCAUGACUCCGGAACCUGUUAAAAAAGUUGGAUUAUUGCCACAUUUGGGAACGAAUUUCCGGUAUUCUGGCCGAACGCAUUACGAAACGAAGAAAAUUCCAAUAGACAGGCAACCACCGAAAUUCGAAAGAUAUCACAGUAAUCGAAGAAUAACGUCGCGAAGCAUGGACAGUUCGUCGCAACCUGUACUAUCAGCUCUGGGAGGGAAAAAUCUUGAGCCUUACAGUUCCGAGCCAAGCAAGCGUCACACCAUGCCCUAUGAACCAGAAACUUUACCCGCUAUGGACCACAUUGAUCAGAAACCUAGCCCGAUAAAGAAACAGAAAGAUAAGCUCGCGCGAAAAACUAGCAUCGGAACGACAUCGGCCAGCAGUACAAGUAGCUUGGAAGGAGAAUACGAUGCCCGCAGCAAGAAACUUUUUGGCGGCUUAGCUGAGAAAUUCAAGAAAACACCUCCGAAAGCUGAUAAACCACCAAAAGCAGAAAAACCUCCAAAACCAGAAAAACAACCAAAAGAAAAACCACAAAAAGCAGAUAAGCAACAAAAGGCCGAGAAAAUAGUAACGCCAGAAAAACCAACAGCCGAGCCAUCGGCCACAAAACCAUACGAGUACGAAGAGCGUUCGAGUUCCCCGUCCAAAAAAAGCUUCAUGGCUCGUGGCUUCAAUUACGAGGGUAAACCAGCUUCUCCUGAACCCGGAGAUCAAAAAUCGCCGUCAUCAGCGGGACGAAAAGCCACCGGUUUUGCAUUUAAUUAUGCUCCUGGAGACAUUAAGAAACUUGAGGAGCAUGCUGAGAAAAUUAGAUCGAAAGAAGUACCAGAAAAACAGUCGCCAGUAAAAAAAUCACCGGAAAAACCCGUGUCUGCUCAGAAACAAGUGUUGCCGGAAAAAGCAACCGAAAAAGCAACGGUUGUAAGCAAAGCUCCUGAAAAAGCAGCACCACCUGUGCCUACUCUAGCUCCAGUGGGUAUAAAAACCCCUGGCAUUAAUUACGUCGAAUCUGCAGCAUUGAAGGAGCAGCAAAAAGGUCCUACCAUAACAAAACCAACGGUUCAACCACCUGCGCCUCCUACGACAAGUCCCAAAAAAGAGUCUAGAAGUAUAUUUUCUACUCUUAUGAAAAGCGAUCUUCAAAAACCGCAACCACCAGUAGUUCCAAAAGUUGAAGUAAAAGAUGUUCCAAAACAAGAUGCCUUUAUAAAAGCAGAAAUUAAAGAAACUGAAAAACAAGCACCCAUCGUUACUCCAACUGCAUCGCCAGCCGCUGAAAAAAUUUCUCCGGACUUCCACGUUCUUCCUAUCCCUGAUGGAUCUCGCAUCAUCGGUGGAAUGAUUUUUUCACGCGAAGGCAGACCACUUGACCAAAGCCAUUUUGGUCCUGAAGGCAGUCGCGUUGUUGAUGGAAAGAUAGUUGGAAAAGAUGGUAAACCUAUUAAAAAAGCAGAUUUCGGACCACACGGAGUAUACAUUUCAAAUGGCUUGAUAACUGGAAAAGAUGGUAAACCUUUGCUUCAAGAACGCCUUGGAACUGAUGGUAUUUCCGUGAAAAAUGGAAUUCUCUGUGCUGCCGAUGGUCAGCCUUUGAACAAAUACGUUCUUGGACCAGCUCAUUCGUUGAUUAAAGAUGGGAAAGUCGUUGCCAAAAACGGCAAGCCAUUACAGUACGUCAGGCUCGGUACAGACGGCACAUACGUCAAAGAAGGUCUUGUAUUCGCUGAAGAUGGCCGACCUUUGACUCAAGGAUCUUACGGAGCUGACGGUAAUUACAUCGUUGGUGGUAUAGUUUGCAGCACCGACGGGAAACCGUUGCAACAAAUCUCUUUGCUGCCCGAUACUACGUACAUCAGCGACGGUGUUGUUUAUGGUCGUGAUGGAAAGCCAUUAGCCAGCGGUGAUUUGGGUAACGAUGGUCACUACAUCACCGAAGGUAAAGUCUUUUCCAAAGACGGUAAACCAGCAAAACACGUGACAUUUGCCUCUGAUGGUUCUUUGAUCAAAGAAGGAACACUCUACGGAAAGGAUGGCAAAUUUUUGAAUCAAGGUUCAUUGUUGCCAAGCGGUGCUCAUUUGUACCAUGGAAAACUCGUCGGUAAGGAUGGUAAGCCAAUCAAGCAUGCUUAUUACAAGCCCGAUGGAAGCUUCGUCAAGGAUGGUGUUAUUCACGGCAAAGACGGACGUCCGCUCAACCAAAUUCCUCUGAUAGUCGAUGGCAGCUAUGUGAGGAAUGGGCUACUGUACGAUAGAAACGACAGGCCACUAAAUCAAAAUCUGUUUAAACCCGACAACAUUAUCAUUCGGGAUGGUCUUUUACUCGAUAACAAUCUCGCACCACUGAAACAAGGUGUCCUGGGCCGUGAUGCCAUGACGAUCAAGGAUGGUGUCAUCCUUGCUAAAGAUGGCAAACCCGUUAAACAGGAAAGUCUCAAUUCCGCCGGAGGCUACGCCAAAAAAGGUUUGGCUCAUUUCAAAUCUGGAAAACCUAUGAAUCAAGAUUCACUCCUUCCUGAAGGUCUAUCAAUACGAGAAGGCAAAAUCGUCAAUAGGGAUGGUAAGCCAAUCAAGCAUUCUUUCUUCCGACCAGAUGGUAGUCACGUCAAAGAUGGCGUUUUGUACGGUCAAGAUGGAAAAGUUUUAAAUCAAUCGACCAGUCUACCUGGUGAUAGUUACAUCGCUAAUGGUCUAAUUCACGAUUAUACUGGUCGACCUAUGAACCGAGACUUUUUCUGUUCCGACGGAUCUUACGUUGCUGGAGGUUUGAUUUACGAUCGCGAAGGUAAAAUCGUAGCCGAAGGUGAAUUCGGGCCAGAUGGUAACAAAAUCAAAAAUGGCCUGGUUAUUGGUCGCGAUGGAAAGCCUUUGACUCAAGAUGAAAAUGGCCCCGAUGGGUUGGCGAUCAAGGACGGAAAAAUCGUCGAUUACGAUGGUCAGCCCAAAAAUCAAUCAUCGCUCUUACCCGACGGGUGCUUCAUAAAAGAUGGAGUCAUUCACGAUAUCAAUGAGCGACCUUUGAAACAAGGUGCUUUCAGAACCGACGAGACUUACAUUAGAGAUGGCUUGAUUUACGGUUGGGGUGGCCAACUACUCAAUGCGGGUACUGCGCUGCCCACAGGCUAUUACGUCGAAGAAGGUAGAUUGUACGGAAAGGAUGGACAACCAUUGAAUCACAGCUCUUUCGGUACUGAAGGUGGUUACAUUCAGAAUGGUUUCAUAUACGGUAAAGACAUGAAGCCUCUUAAACGUGCAGCUUUUGGCGACGAUGGCAGUUACAUUCAAGAUGGAUCGAUUUAUGGUAGCAACGGAAAACUUUUGAGCAGAAAAUUGUCAAUUAUAACGAUCAGCUAUUAUCGUUACGGAUUGGUUUGUGACAAAGAUGCCAAGCCCGUCGAAGAAGCUAUCUUUAACGAUGAAGGAGCAACGAUUAAAAAGGGCAAGGUCUACGAUCGCAAUGGCAAACCAUUGAAUCAAUCGAAGCCAAACGCGGACGGAACGAUAGUGAAGAAUGGUUUAGUAUUGGGUGCCAACGGCAAACCUCUAAGCAAAGGACUUUUGGCACCUGAAACGAGUUACAUUAAAGUUGGAAAAGUUUAUAAUGCCAAUGGACAACCACUGACCCAAGAAGCCUUCGGCCCCGAAGGUCUCAAAGUUUCUCAGGGUACAAUUGUUGACGAUGCAGGCAAACCUUUGAAACACGCAAUUUUCGAUAGCGAAGGUAACACAAUCAAAGAUGGUCUCGUGACUUCGGCACAAGGUAAACCCCUGGACAAAUAUUACACAACCAUUACCAUCACUAUGAUCAAGAAAGGUUUGAUCUGCAACAAAGACGGCACACCAGUAGCAAAUGGUAUUUUCUCCGAGGAUGGAGCUUACGUGAAAAAUGGAAAAGUAUUUGAAAAAAAUGGAAAACCAAAAAAUCAAGAAGUUUUCGAUGAAAGCGGAUCAUUCAUCAAGGAAGGAGUUGUUUACGCUCAAACUGGUCAACCUCUUGAUAAGCAAGAUAUCAGCAUGAGAGAUCUCAAGCUCGCUACGAGCAGGAUAAAUGUACCGAAACAGAAAAAAGCUGCAGUGGCUGUUAGUACGCCGACAAUCGUUAAAUCAACGAUGAAACAGUCGAUGGUCAAAGAUCAGGAAGGCGUCACGCGCAAUGUCGAAGAGAGGGUCGAGGACCUCACGCCAGGCGGUACUGGACAAGUUACCGUAUCUACGCACACAAAUAAGGCCGAGGCACCUAGUGACGAGACAUCACCUUACAUUUCUGCAACUGCUGUUACUACUCGUACGGCCACCAUGCACGAAGAUCUUGAAAAGAAUCAGAAAACAAGUCAGGUCGAGGAAAAAACCGUGUCUCACACAACCGCUACAAGUGCAACGAGACAAGAACAGCGCACGGUCACGCAGGAAGUUAGAACGACGAGCCACGUGCUAUCCGGUGAACAGCUACUUUCACGACGACUCAGUGUAUCCAGUUCAAGCAGUGGUGAUUCUGGUACUCCAAUUGAUCUUGACGAUGAUCAGCAAGCUUUCUGCAAUCAGUAUUAUCAGGGCUUAGCUGCUUACAAGGUUGAUCCAGCCGGCAUAGUUGCAACAAAAAGUCAAGUCUACACAGGCGAACCCGAGAACAAUGUGACGACUACGACGAUGGUGCCACUCGUAGCUACGGAAUCUCGUAAAGUCGCUGUCGAAAGCGACAAUGGUAGUUACAGCGCCACCGGUGAAAUUGUCAGUUCCCAAACUAUCUCUAGCAAAACGAGAACAGUCGAAACUGUCACAUAUAAAACGGAGCGAGACGGAGUCGUGGAGACGCAUAUGGAACAAAAAAUUACGAUACAAUCCGACGGAGAUCCAAUUGAUCACGAUAAAGCCCUUCAUGAAGCCAUUCUUCAAGCGACUUCCAUGAAUCCUGACAUGAAAGUCGAAAAAAUUGAAAUUCAACAACAGUCCGCUCAGUAAAUUGUUAUUAAAUUACUUGAUAUUUAUUAAUUAGGGUAUCCUGGAUGCUGUCCAUUAUUAAACUUACAAUAGUACUCAUAUUAGAUAUAUGGAAAACGAAAAAAGUGCUCAGAAAAAUUUGACAAUGAUUCAAAAAUGCGCAUCACUUUUUGACAUAAUACGCUCACUCACUUGAAUGUGUAAACUAUAACCAUGUUAUAUCGAUGUUUACUACGCAAAGAAAAACUUAUCAAUGAAAAUUUAGAACUGUUUUUACUAUAUAUUCUAUAUAAGCAAGCGAGUACCUGCUUAUAAUAAUUACUUUCACAAAAUUGAGUGAGCUUAAUUUCAAACUUGCUUGGUGAAAGAAAAAUUGUAAAACUUUUUAGGGUGCCCUACAUGCAUGAUUCAAAAAUCUAUUAUACCAAGAACGGAUUGGUGAGCAAUGGAAAUAUUUAUAUAAUACGAUUUUAAUAAUUUUUUAUCAUCAAAACUUCGAAUUUUUAUUUAAAAAAAAAAACUAUUUUAUUUCAUUUGAAAAUUGUAACUCUUCCGAGCUUCAGCAUUUUUAAGCGCAUUUUUAAACUUUAUUUAAAGUAUUCAUAUGAUACACGAAUCUAUAUCAUAUCUUUAUUGGAGUAGAUUUCUUUUUUAAAUGCGUGAAAGGUCUUACGUAUCACAAUGAACAAACGUGACAAUUUUAGCUUAGUUACGAAAUUGCCUGUAUAGUACGAUUUAUCUUAUAACAAGUAGAUAUUUUGACAUUUUUAACAAGAAAAAAAAAUAAAAAAUGCUAAAGAGUCAGAGAUAUCUGAAUAUUAAAUUAUUAAUAUUAUAUAAAUAGUAUAAAUAAAGAAAUAAAUAUAUAGAUAUAUAUAAUAUAACAUGCCUAGUUAAUAGGUUAAAGUAAAUCUUCAUCAUUUUCGAAGAUUCUUAUAUGACGUUAUAAUGUUAAGUGUAAACUAAUAGCAACACAGAAAGAUAUAACUAUAAUGGUUAAAUAUGAAAAUGAUGUAGAUUUGAUCGAUCUAUGAGGAAUAUUAAUUAUAAUGAUUAAUUAUAAUAGACUAAAAAAAUUAAAAAUACCAUUACACACCAACAGCUAAAAAUGCUUUGGUCGGCGUAUAUGUCUAAAUUUAGCUUUAGACUGUGUAGCUCUACCAUUUUAAAUGUUUUUGUUGAUUCAAACAUAUUUUACUUUAUGUUUUAUUGUAAUCCAAUAUAUAAAUGCAGCGAUAUGUUUAAGAUGACUUUUAUAUCAUAUUUUUUUUAAAUUAGAGUAAUGUUAUACGAAGAAAUUGUAUGAUAAUGAUUUCAAUAACUACGUUUUCAUAUUUUAUAAUUUCAAAGCUGCAAGUAAAUAAAAAUCAUUGCAAUUUGAA